GACAAAGAUAAGAAGAGCAGGAACCUACCGAUUGCCACGUCUUCAGUCUGUCUUUGAGUAUAAAAGAGCCCAAGACAAAACAAUUGGACAUCGUCUUCGUCGAAUCUAAACGCGCCGAGUACGAGCAUCAAAUGGAAUCUGCGGCUGUAUACCUUUUGCUGUUGUUGGCAGUGGCCAACGUCCAAGCGGCAAGUAUCCAAUAUCCGGCCCUACCUUCCAUUAACUCACGUUCACAACAGCUACAACAAUGGAACAGUCAGGAUGAUCAAGGGCGAACGAAUUUUGGCUAUGCCUACUACGGCCAGGCAGCUUCUAACGUUCGUGACGCUAAUGGACACAUGAUUGGCUCUUGGGGUUACCUGAACCCAGAAGGUACGGAGGUUCGUGCUUCCUACACAGCUGACGAUAAGGGCUUUAAGGUACACUUCAACAACGUCGCUCCUGCUGCCCGUCCGGUAGCGUACGCGCCUGUCGAAGAUGUCCCUGCACAAGACGCUCCUGUUGCCAGUCCCGUAGCGUACGCGUACUCUCCUGUACAAAGUGACGCUGUCAUUUCCAAGGAUGAUGAAAAUCAACCUUCAAUUGCCGAUGAUUCUCGCUGUAUAAGCAACGAACUCCGUGCCAUUUCUCGAAUGUACAGAUCAAAUAACACGUUUAAAAUGACAGAAAGUGAAGAAGCCACUCCGAAUCAAUACCCAUUCUUGGUGUCGCUUGCUACAGGUGACGAGGAAAGUGGAAACCUCGCUAGUUUUUGCGGUGGAGCUUUGAUUACUCCGACCAAAAUCCUAACGGCUGCCCACUGCAUCACUGAGGAAAAAACGGAAACCUUAAUUACGCAUGACCUCCAUGUCAGAUUUGGAAUGCACACGAUUAGCAAAACAUCGAGCGACGCACAGGAAAAAAGAAACGUCGUAGAAAUGAAAAUUCACGAACAAUAUGAUGGCAAGCUUGUUGAGAACGACAUCGCCAUUUUGACACUGGAAUCCCCUGUGGAAUAUACGGACACUAUUCAACCCAUUUGCUUGUCACCGACGUGUUUGGUAACUGACGGAAUGGAAACUAUUGGCAUGGGGUGGGGACAUACCAAAUACGAAGGUAAAGCUUCAGAAUAUCUACGACACGCCGUCAUUCCAGUUGUUAGUAACGAAGAAUGCCAGGCAAUCUACGGUAAAAAGGAUAAUAUUAUCGACACUAUGCUUUGCGCUUAUGGAGGUGAACAAGACACUUGUCAGGGUGACAGCGGCGGCCCUCUUGUGGCCGACUAUGGCGAAUCGAUGUCAGAAUGCCGUUUCGUGCAGGUUGGCGUUGUCAGCUAUGGCCAAGAAUGCGGCCAAACGAAAUAUCCAGGCAUUUACUCGAGAGUUAAUUCAUACCUGGACUGGAUAGCAGAAAAUAUGUAAAACUGUUGACACCCUACGAUGCUUUCAACACGUCCAACCCCCCCUGAUAUGACAAAAGGACGCGAUUUAUUUGGCAUUUUCAGCUUCCCUUAAAUUUAAUUUUAAAAGUGUAUUUUUAUUUAAUUUUUACCCCCUUCCAUUGAAACACUUCAUUUUCCAUGUUUUCCAAGUAAUAUUCUCUGUCCGUACAGUUUAAGUUUUUCACAUUUUAACAGUCUACAUUUUUGAAGAGGGGUUUAUUUUAUUUUUUUUUUGUAGACAUUUCAAAAGGUUUAGGUAAAAAUCUAAAAAAAUGAUACGGAUUUUGUUUCCCUCUACUUUUUUACUGUUUUCCGAGUUGACCACAUUUAAAAGCGGAGUUGCCAAUGUCCGAAACUCUAGAAAUUUUCAAUAAAAGGUUCAGCAAAUA